GACACAGAGGAGAUGGUGAAUCUGCUCUGUAAGAGCCAGAAGAACAAAGUGCCUGAGCUAGAGAAGAAGCUGGAGUCAUGCGAUGACCUUUGCUCAGCCUUGGGCAGAGUGCAAGGGGUCAUUCAGCUUAUGCAAGGGUUGAGUGAGGGUGACCCACACUGGGUCUACUGCAGCAAGUUUGUCCUGUACUUCCUCCACCACCUGUCCAUGUGCCUGGAGCGGCUGGAUGAGAGUGCCUUCCCCACCCCAGAGGCCCGUCAACACAUCCUGAACACUGUCCACCUGCUGCAGAAGAUGUCCGAGAUGGUUUUCACCAGCCACAUGGCUUACAGUCCUCCCCGUGUUGCUAGGGAGAAAAGGAAAAGCUCGAGCUGCUGGCUGCCCUGGUGGUUUGUGUUUGUGGGCUGGUUCUUGCUCGUCUCCAUCAGUGUGGUGUCCACGUACUUUACCCUGAUGUAUGGCUUUGCCUAUGGCAGGGAGAAAUCCAUCCAGUGGGUUAUCUCUCUGGCCAUGUCCCUCUUCCAGAGCAUCUUCAUCCUGCAGCCUCUUAAGGUAAUUGGUAUGGCGAUCUUCUUUGCCCUCCUCCUCAAACCAGUGGCAGUAGAAGACAGUGAGGAGGUUGGACUACUCCUGAAAGAACAACAGGAGAUGUGUAAAUUGUACUCCGGUAGGGAGAUACACUGAAGAAACACAAUUUAGCUCUACAUGCUGUCUCCAGAGGAUCGAUGGGGUUGGAAGACCUGAUGCCCUACAACAGACAUCCUCUGCUCUGCUGCACUGACUAUCAACGUGGCAAACUGAGAAUAUGAGUUCUUUGAAAAUAUAGUUAUGUUUUUAUUGAAUACUUGUUACUCUUAUCUUAUAAGAAAUGUAUAAGGCAUAAUAUGUAUGAAUGUACUGAAAACUACUGUAUCAUUUGAAAUUGUAAUAUUUAGUAAUAAGCUGAUAAUUAGAAACGUUUAUUCCUGUGGAUUGUAUGAAGUUACUCAAUGUAUGGAAUUACUCUGUUAUAUUUAUUUUAUCACAAACCGCUGAUAUAUUAUUUUACACUGUACAUUUAUAUUUACUUUUAAGUAACAUACAGUCACCUCCAAAAUCAUUGUCACCCUUGAUAAAGAUGAGAAAAAAAGACUAUCAAAUAAAUAAUAGAAAACCAGAGCUAUAUUGAAUGUUUUUUAGAGAUUAAAUAACACAUUGGGAACGAUCUUAGACCACUCCUCCAUACAUAAUCUUUCCAGAUCCUUGAUAUCCUUCGGUCUGCGCUCUGGACUGCACUCUUCAGUUCAAACCACAGGUUUUCAAUGGGGUUCAAGUCCGGAGACUGAGAUGGCCUUUGCAAAAUGUAGAUUUUCUUGGUUAAUUUAUAAUUUCUUUGUGGAUUUUUAUGUGUGCUUGGGGUCAUUGUCUUGCUGGAAGAUCCACUUGUAGCCACGUUUCAGCCUCUUAGUAGAGGCAACCAGGUUUUUGGCUAAAAUGUCCUGGUACUUGGUACGGUUCAUGAUACCGUUCGUUGACCUUAACAAGGUUCCCAAGACCAGGAAGCAAAACCGCCUCAUAAAAUCAAAGAUCAGCCACCAUAUUUUACAGUAGGCAUGGGGUUAUUUUCUGCAUUUGCAUCUCUCUUACAAAGCCAAACCCACCACUGGUGUGCGUGGCAAAAUACCUCUAUUUUCAUCUCAUCUGACCAUAGCACCUUGGUGGCAACCCUUCCAAAUAGACAUUUGGCAUGGAAGUGGCAUAUAAUGGUAGAUUUGGAGACCCCAAGAUGCGGUUAUGUUCUGUCAUUCUCCAACUGUGGCCCUUGGACAUUUAUUUCAUCCCAAACCAUCUUCAUCACUGUGAGUAGGGACACAACACUCUUGGGUCCUUUAUCAGGCAAGUUCACCACUGCUCCAGUGGUUUUAAACUUCUCGUUUCCCUAAUAGUGAUUAGUGGUAUAUUUGGUAUAUAUGGUGUUACCUCUUUUUUUAUACCCCCGUGAAAUGGGAAGCCCUGGAAGAUACAGUUCCUUAAACUGAGAUUAUUCUUUUUUUUUAAAGUAGAAUGUUAAUGCAAAUUGAUUUUAUUGAUAAGAAUCUUUACGGGUGCCAAUAAUUUUGACACCUACAGUAUCUUUUUUAGAUUGUGUUUUUACUUGGUAGCCCUUCCUGCAGUGAAACGACCUAGUAGCCUCAUGGGUGGAAUGUUAUUCAUAUUUUUCAUAAUUUCAUAAGUAAUAAAAAGCCGCCGAAAAUCCGGUGUUUCUAUGUCAAACGGUUUUGUUAUAUUUCAGUCUUCUGUGAUGUAUAUUGGGAUGCAAACUCAAAAUGUAAUACAUUUCAACGCUUUAUCUCGCUAUUUUAAGCCCAUUCCCAUGUGUGUGAGGUGUAUACUUUUGUUUCGAAGUAGAUUUGUUUAAGACUACCAAGGAGCACUAUAUGACCCUGAUUUAGCCCACUGCAGUAAAAGGUUCAACAAAAUCUCUUUCAACUGUAUUAAUAUAAAAUUAUAUUUUUAAUAUGAGCAUACAAUAAAGUAUUAGUGUUGUUUUUUUCAUACAGUCUAUUUUGCUCAUCUUUGUCAAGGGUGCAAAUACUUUUGGAGGUGACUGUAUCUAUGGGUUCACAUAGUAUUAUAUAUUUAUUUAUUGGAACACAUUUUCAAAAUGAUUAAAACAAGGUAUGUCUUUGAAACUGUUUUUCCCUAAAUAAGGUUAUAUUCCAGUGUUCUCCCCUCAUCCCCAUCAGAAUGUGAGUCCUACUUUCCCUGUGCUCAGCUGAUUGUUAUGAAAGAAAGGGUAACACCCAUUAGGAAUACACUCAUAUCACCCCAGACAGUUAUGUAAGUUACUGUAUCUCAAUGCCAUGGCAGAGAUUGUCUAAGAACUCCUCUGACUCAUGUUCGUAACUCUGUGUGUCACUGCAAGCUAUGGAGUUGACCAGCACAGACACAUGACUCCUAUCCAACCCUUAUGGAAUCAUUCUUGCACUUAGAGACAGGCCACUUUUGUACUUUCCCUAUGCCUCAAUACAAUACACAUAGAUUAUUUAACCUAACCGCUAACAGAAUAAUUACUACUGAUUUGCUAAUUAUACAACAAAGGGUGCUCAGGUCAUAACGGUCUCCAAAAAACUCACUGAGCAAAGGCAUGUUGGAGUUGUCAACAAAUGGUUAUUCAGAUUCAAAUCAAACUGUUGAUUUUUGGAUAACAAUUCUUUGAUGUUGGUAUUGAUAAUGGUAACAAUGUUGACUGGAACAAUUGAGUCACUCACUCCUCAUUCCAGACAUUAGAACUGACAGCUGAUAAUGAGCUGAAAAGGAAGUGACAGUUCAACAGUCUGAUGUGACAAAGAACAGAACUCUCCUCUCCUCAUCAGAAACCUAUUAGAGAGUCUGUAUAGUUGUCUUUCUCUCUCUCUGUCCACAAUGUUAAUGUUUUUUCCUCUGCUAGUUAGCACACAGUGUAGUGCCCCCUGUAAGGAAAGUAUGCAAGGUCACAUUAUCUCUAAGACUAAGAAGGCUAAAUAAAACAACAAUCUAAGUCCUUGCAUUCAUCCCUGGGUAAUGAGAAACAGGCAGCUCCACCAAAACAUGACAUUUCUGCUGAGGGCUUUGAGAUCCAUUGUGCAGUACAUGCAGUUGAUAAUGUGUUCAUUCAUUUUGAGAGUCUCCAUAGAACUGAAGGCUGAACCUGAGAAAAUCUGUGUUUGUGUAUUCUGUCAUUUAACCUCUGCAAUGCUUCAGUAUCAAUGGACAUUGCCAUAGAAAUCCCACUGCAGCAACAAUGGUGGUCCAAUGGUCAGACAUAACGUUAUCCAUUCUAAACUAAUAUCUGACCACAGUUAAAAUGAUUUAGGCC